UCCACCAAGAUUUGUCCAAGACUUUGCGUGCUUGGAAUGAUCUCAUCAUCGCAGCUGCUCCUUGCCCCAGCCAACCCACGUCCUGCAUUCGCCUGCCGACCACGCAAAUACGAAUAUCCAAGUAAACCAGCCCAUGCAUGCUAUUUUCUCUUGGAAAUGGGUUUUCUGGGUUUCAUAAUGGACAUUCCCACACCUUGACUUCUCCUCUCGCAUGUCACCGCCGUAGACUGACAACCACCUCCAGAGCUUCCCUGUAGAAAGAAGAUGAGGUCGGCCAUUACCACCACCUUGGGCGCCGCCCUCCUCCUCCCUUCUCUAGCGUUUGCCCAAUCGUCAGGUUGUGGUCCUGCUCCUUCAAAUGGCAUUCGACCGUCAAUAGCUUCCGGCUAUACCUAUCAGGUGGUCGCUACCGGCCUCUCUAGGCCUCGCGGAAUUCACAUCGACACUGAAGGCAAUCUUCUGGUCGUUGAACGAGGAAAGGGUGCCGUGACUGCCCACACCCUUGAAGAAGAGAAUGGUUGUGUCUCAAUCGCUUCUUCUACAGACGUGACUGGUGACGUUCGCCUCAACCAUGGCAUCGAACUGUCUCCAGAUGGGACCACCCUCUAUGCGUCCAAUUCCGACGACAUGUUCUCCUGGACCUAUGAUCCUUCCACACGCACCGUCUCCAACCGGAAUACCCUCAUCACCAAUCUAACCGGCGUAGGCCACUCAACGCGAACUCUGCUUCUGUCGAGGAAAACCGAAGGCAUGAUGGUGGUGUCCAAGGGCAGCAUGGAGAACAUUGAUAUUCUUGCAUACGAUGUCUCGACCGGAAGUUCUCAGGUCAAGGCAUUCAACCUUACCAACGUCACUGAUCCAUAUGAUUACAAUAACGAAGGCCUUCUCAUGGGUUGGGGUCUGCGGAAUGAAGUCGGAAUUGGAGAGCAUCCAGAAAGCGGUGGAAUUUGGGGCAUCGAGAAUUCGGCCGACGAACUUUUCCGCCAUGGCGUUGAUAUUCACCGAAACAAUCCCGCCGAAAAGAUCAACUUUCUGGGUUACCUCGAUGGCACUGAAUAUGAGUAUCAAGGUGCUAACUUCGGUUAUCCCUGGUGUUUUCCAGUUUGGGAGGUGGAGGAACUUCCUCAGAACGAGAAUCUCACCGUUGGUAGUCAAUUUGCCAUUGAUUCUACCCCCGAAGCCAACGGCCAGAACCGCACUGACGAAUACUGUGCCGAGACUGCCCCUCCUCGCCUGUCGUUCCAAGCCCACAUGGCACCUCUAGACAUCAAAUUCAAUAAUUCUGGCCAAGAAGCCUGGAUUGCCUGGCACGGAAGCUGGAAUCGUGACGACCCAGUCGGUUAUGCUCUGUCUGUCGUUUCCUGGGAACAAGAUGGAGAACCUACCGAUCCUCCAGACAGCAUGACCGCCAAGACCGAUAUCUUUGGAAAUGAGGAUCUGUCGAGAUGUCCGGGCAAUUGCCAUCGUCCCGUUGCCAUGGCCAUUGACGCCCAGGGAAGAAUAUAUCUCACCUCAGAUUCCAGCGGGGAGAUUUACCUCAUCACCAAGCUUGCAGACAGCGAUGAUGGUGGUGACGGUGACAGUGACAGUGACGGUGAUGGCGGGUCUGGUGAGCCUGAUAUCGCUGGCCUACCUCUGCACGGCCAGGCCAGAUUGUGUGGUUUGGCCGCCUGCCUUCUGUCCGUCUUGGCUUUCUUUGUCUGGUGAUUUGAUUGAUUUAACAAAUGCGGAUAUAUGAGCAAAUAGAACAUUGCCAAUUGUGGGAUCCUGGUAAAGGACCACGGUCACAGGUGGCGGUGUAUUGUGAUCACAGGACGUUAUGAUGUUCUGAGGAUGUAUACGAAACAAUUACAAGUUUGUUACCGAC